AUGAGCACGCCGCCUAGCACACAGCGCGCCGUGGUUAUUGGCGCCCAAGAUGGCAGCGUCGAGGUGACGGCCAAUUCAGAGCUUCCCGAGCUGGAGCCUGACGCAGUCUUGAUCAAGGUCGAGGCUGUCGCUCUCAACCCAGUCGACUCCAAGAUGCUGCACGGCUUUCUCGAGCCCGGCUGCGUGCUUGGCCUCGACUUUGCCGGCACAGUCGUUGCUGUCGGGCCGGAUCAGCCCGCCUGGCGGCAGCUGCAGCCCGGAGACCGCGUCUUUGGCUGCACUGACGGCUCUGACCGGCGCAGGCCCCGUGUAGGUGCCUUUAGCCAGUUCACAGCCUGUCGCGGGGCGAUCCUCAUCAAGAUGCCCAGCCAAAUGCCCUUUGCCGAGGCCGCCGCCAUGGGAAAUGCCAUCUUCUCUGCCGGCUUUGCCCUAUUUCACUCGCUUCAACUGCCUGGCUCGCUGACCAAGAAGGCGGAACAGUCUCGCUGGGUCUUGAUUUACGGCGGCGCAACAGCGACGGGCACCAUGGCACUGCAGUUUCUUCGCCGCGCUGGGCACAAGCCUAUUGCCGUGUGCUCGGCUAAGCAUUUCGACCUGGCCAAGGAGUACGGUGCGGAAGCUGCAUUUGACUAUCAUUCCGAGACUCAUGUUGAGGACAUUCGCAAACUUACCAAUAACGCGCUCAGUUUUGCGUUUGACUGUGUCACGACGCCUUCCAGCGUCAUGGCCUGUGGAGAGGCCAUGGGGAGACUUGGCGGCCGCUACACGGCAUUAGAUCCGUUUGAUGCUUCGCUGAUCAGGCGCAAGGCAGUCAAGUCGGACUGGGUCUUGACGAUUACGCUCAUGGGACGAGGCUGUGUGUGGCCGAAACCAUUCUACUGCGAACCAGACGCAGCUCUACUGAAAUGGGGAAUAGAGUUGGCAGAGUUGGCAGAAAGCGUAUUGGCUGAAGCUGUAGACAAUCUCAAACCGCAUCCAAUACGCAUCAUGGAGGGGGGGCUCGAGGCAAUUCCAAGUGGAAUUGACGCCAUUAGACAAGGCCAGGUUCGAGGGUUCAAGUUGGUCUAUCCGCUUGAGUGA